ACGUGUAUCUUGUGUCAGACACACACAAGACUCGGUUUCCAUUGUUGUUGUUGUUGUUUUAUUGUUGUUUGUACUCAUUGUUACCUGAAUAGUUUAUGUGUGAAAUAUUUUUGUCCGUCUUUGAUUACAAAUUUAACUGUAUUUAGUUUAUGUGAGCUUCUUAAAAAAGGACUUACAAAGUUUUUUAGGUGUUUUCUUUUUGUUCGGUUUUUAUAGUUUAGAUGCUUAGAAAAUAAGAUUACCGCUUAAAUUAAAAAAAAAAUAAAAAUUCUAGAACAAAAAUAUAAAAACAAAUAUCUCGUACCUUUGAAUCACAUAUCGAAGAAUAUUAGAAGUUUGUUUAAUAAUGAACAAAUACAAAUUAUUUAUACCUACAUACAUAAUACAGAAGCUUAUAGCACACAAACAUAUUUUUCUAUUUGCAACCUCGAACUACGAGUAAAUCUAUAACAAAAUAAAAAAAAAACUAUUGUGAUUCAUCUUCUUCAAGUCCUUAACAAUUCGAAAAGGACUGCAAACUAAACUAAGUGUAGAGUAGGGUACCUACGACGAAAUCGCGUGAAGCAGCUCAUUUAGAACAAACAAUUAAAAUACUGUACAUAUUCGUUAUUAUGUAGACAAAAAAAUAAAAAUUAGUUUCCUUUAUAAUAAAAUCUACAAACUAUUCGGUUGUCGUACGCCUUCAUACGUAUGGACAGUCAUUGUUGUUCGUCGCCGUUGUCGUCGUCGUUGUCGUUGUCGUUGUCGUCGUCAUCGUCGUCACGACAAGUGCAAAUGUUAGUGAUAUAAUACCUAUGUUCAAGUGUAUGCGUGUUUGUGUGUAUAUGUGUGUGAUGUCCUUGUGAUGUACUGUGCUGCCACUCACUCUACCGUCUCUGCUGCUAUACUCGUAGCAUUGCAAUGAUUUUUAAUAAUUAAUAAAAAAUGAAAAGACAGAGGGGCAGAGCAAAAAAGAAUACAAAAUUAUAAAUAAUUUAACAAAACAAAAACAAGCCAAUAAUAACUAUAAUUUCUAUACAAAAUGGAGCACAACCGUUAAAAUAACAAAAAUUGAUUUUAUUUUUUUGUGUUUGGUUCAAAACUACUUUAAAUAAUUAUAUACGAGUAUAUAGUCAAACGUUAUUAGUAAUUUCCUAAAGUGGCUUAAAGUGCGAUAUAAAAUACAUAUAUAUAUAUAUAUUUAUAAAUAAACCGAUAAUCAAAGUGCAUGUAAAUAAAACAACAAAGAAAAACAAACGAAUUAAAAUAAUUAUGCGACCUACUUUUUCGCCUUAACUUAAAAUAAAACUCUUAGCAAAACAUAGAAAUCUAUUGAAAAUAAAAUUCUUUAACCAAAAAAAAAAUACAUCCGUCACAUAGUUAAUAAAAUUAAAAUAAAGAGUAUUUAAAAACCUAAGCAUUUUCUACAAAACGCGUUUUUCAACUAAAAUAAUUUUCGAUAUUUCUACACAACGCUAUAUAAUAAUUAAUAAUAAAAAAAAAUAAUUUUAAAAAUAUACAUAAUUCUAAUAAAAUUACAAAAAUUAAAUUAAAUUUUAUACAAAAAACAAAAACAAACAAAUAUAAAAUAACACAAAACGGUUCAACGUAAAUAUAAAAACUCAGCUUACUGCCUGCUUGGAUGUAUAGUUGGCCUAAAAACCAAAAUGUCCUUGGUUUUGUACAAUAUUGGAGGAAUUGCUAACGGUAGCACGACAACAGUAUCAACACCCACAACUGCAACCGCAUCGACGAUAGCAAUAGCAGCUGCAGGUGUUGUCAAUAAUGACAAUAAUAAUAAUAUGGAUAACACAAGUGAGGAAUCCAAUCCUGUCACUAUUUACAGGUGCCGGGCCCCAAUAGCGUCAUUAGAUUGCAUGGAGGAGUUCAGUGGGCGUUCAAUAAGUUUGGGAUCGAAUUCAGCAUUACCAUUACGUCAUGGUUCAACUCCGACACCGGGUUUGCGGUACAAAAACCUUGGAAAGAGCGGUCUACGUGUCUCAAAUGUGGGUCUGGGCACGUGGCCAGUCUUUUCACCCGGGGUCAGUGAUGAACAGGCCGAAUCAAUACUUAAACUUGCCAUUGAAAGCGGUAUAAAUUUAUUUGAUAUAUCUGAAGCGCAUUCGGAAACGGAAAUUGGUAAAAUACUUCAAAGAACCGGUUGGAAGAGAACAGCAUAUGUGAUUACAACAAAAGUUUACUGGAGUACAAAAUCUGAAGAGCGUGGUCUAUCGAGGAAGCAUAUUAUAGAGUGCGUCAAGGCUAGUUUGCAGAGAUUACAAUUGGCUUAUAUUGACAUCGUGAUUAUCCACAAAGCCGAUGCUAUGUGUCCAAUGGAGGAGGUCGUUCGUGCCAUGACAUACAUCAUACAAGAAGGCUGGGCCAUGUAUUGGGGCACGGCUCGUUGGUCCCAUGUGGAAAUUAUGGAAGCCUAUUCCAAUUGUCGUCAAUUUAAUUGUAUUGCUCCGAUUGUCGAACAAUCCGAGUAUCAUAUGUUCUGUCGUGAAAAAUGUGAACUUUAUUUGCCCGAGAUGUAUAAUAAAAUUGGUGUUGGCCUUAUGGCAUGGGGGCCAUUGUCGAUGGCAUUAAGUGACACGCAAAAUGGUGAGAAAAUUUUGUUCCCAAAGGGAUCGUUUAAAACCAAAAGCCACAGCUAUUCGUGGACUGAGGACGAGGUUAAUCGAAAUGGAAGUUGGAAUAAGGACCGUUUGGAGGAAGGACGCAGACAUUGUGACAGGUUAAGAGAUCUCUCGGCAUUGGCUGAAAAACUUGGAUGUAGUCCUACUCAAUUAUCGAUUGCAUGGUCGCUUAAGCAUGAACCAGUACAGUGUUUGCUAUUGGGGGCGACAUCUGCUGAACAAUUGCAUCAAAGCUUACAGUCGCUACAGUUACUACCAAGAUUAUCGACCAGUGUUAUGCUUGAAUUAGAAAGAAUUCUCGAAAACAAACCGAUUCGGCCGCCAAUGAUAUCUACUUUGGCGCUUCGGUGACAAUCAGCCUGCCCUCAGGGGCCACCUAGUAUAAGUGGCGCCUGUGGGGCAGAGUCACCAAAAGAUGAAGAAUUCUGCGAGGAAGCCGAUCCGAAAGAUGCAUCAAAGCAGGGUUUCUGCACUAUUCAGUGACGAAAGGAGUCUUUAGAUAACGAUAAUAAAUUUUUGAAACCGAUAAGUAGCAAAACUAGCUUAAGUAGUACAACAAUAAUAACAACCGUUAGUAACAAGCCAGAUCGAAUAAUUCUACAACAACAACAACAACAGACGCAGCAGCAGCAGCAACAACAACAACAACGUUCUUCACUUUUUAAAGGUUCUUCUUCAAAUUCAAAUAGCAAUUUAUUAAAUUUAACUAUUGAGAAUCGCUUAGAUAGUUUACCAAUUCAAAUAGAUUCCUUAAACAAUAACAAUUCUUAUAACCAAAGCAAUCAGGCAAAUGGGGGCAAUAAUAAUGAAUAUUUAGCAACAGCAGCAGCAAGUCAUUAUCAUACAGUUAAAGAUACAACAAUCAAUAUUAGCCACACUCAAGGUUACGAUGAACGAUCCAAUAUGACCAAGGCCAAGAAGUCCUUGCUUAAUUUCAGAUCAUUUGACUUUCACAUCAAGUCCCUGUAUUCAGGCUUGCGCCACAAUAAAAAUCCCUCUGAAUCGACUCAUCAUCACCAACAUCAAACCUCAGAAUCGUCGAAUUGUCCAGCUAUUAAUGGGCAUAGUGUUGUCGCUGCCGCCGUAGCGGCUCACAAUCGAACACCUCCAUAUCUUCGUGUUGAAGCUGUGGACAUUGAGGAAUCGGAAAAUUUGCUCCUGGACUAUCCUCAGUCACCGUACUCCUCGAGACGUAAUAGUGACGAUAAUCGAUCGAGUGCAAACUUAUUGCAAAUAAACCAAUUCGAUAUGUCCAUUUCGCCAGGCAGUUCACCAUAUUUCCUGUCACCGAUACCUAUUUCGGGAAACAUAAGACGUUCGUCUACCUCGGAUAUUAUGUGCAAGAGAAGCAGUGCCGGAAGUAGUGCUAGCUCGAGCCGUCGUCCUAGUACAUCGGAUCUGCUGAGGAAAGCUCGAGAACGCAAAGGUAGCGAAUCUAGUAAUCGUAUUGGAAGAAGUGUUUCUCACGGUGGACUACCCCGGGGUGGCGGUGGAGGUGGUAGCCGUGGUGGAGGUCGUCGCACAAGUAUUGCUUGCUAAAUUGACAACUAUUCAAUAUUCUUCUUAUUCUUGUCGUUUAAAUCAAUCCCAAGCUACCUCUAUAAUAGCUCAAUAUUUCGCAGUGCUACUUUCGCAAAAUAUAGUUUUCUUAAGAAUUUCCUAAAAUAAAGCUUUAUCAUUCAUUACCUUAGAAAUGAUUACACUUUCGUAAGGAAACAAAUUGAUAGACCCAGCAGAUAGAAACCCCCACUUGGGGAUUUCCCAUCUGAUCAUGUAAACCAGACGAACACACGUAAAGGAUCUCUUAAGCGAUGGUCAAAGGAACUUUGAAGUUAGAAUAGUCAACUUUCCUCGUGGAGAGUUUAUUAUUCUUCUUUCCUAGAAGUCUAAUUUUUCCUUCCUUAUAUUGGGUUGCUGUUCAAAUAUUGAUUAAGAGUCUCAGAGCUCAUUAGUUUUUUAGUUUCAAAAAUUAUUCGAAUCUUCUAAUUAGAAAUUAGAUAUAAGAUUUGCUGCUUGCUUGGAUAAUGGUAAAACAUAAAUAUUUGUAGAAAAAUGGCUAAGAGAAUCGAAAACAAAAAACAAAACUCUUUAGAAGACAAAUAAUAUUUUUUUAUAAAAAAUAAACAAAAAUUGUAAAAAAAAAACUUAAAGCAAAUAUUAUUUACUCAAAACAUAUAUUUAAAUAAAAUAAAAAAUAAUAAUAUUAAUACAUAGAAGUCGAAAUCAAAUUUCAUAAAAACAAAUAAUUAUAGAAAAAGACAUGAAUUAAAAAAUACAAAUAAAUAAAUAAAUAUUAAAUCAAGCAGAUACAAAAUAUUUGAAAUCGUAAUUGCCUUUUGAAUAAAAUAAUUUAAAAAACAAAACAAACAUAAUUAUUACUAUAAUAAUAAAUAUAAAAUUAUUAAAACAAAAAUAACAACAAAUUCAUUGUAAAGAAGCUUUUUUCUCAUUUUCAAUAUUCUAGCUAUAGUAUUUUAAUUUAAAUAUAUUCAAAAAAAAAAUAUCUUUCAAAAAUAUUUUAAAUAUAAUAAAACUUAGUAAAAUUUAAAAAAAAAAAAAAACCAUACAUAAAAAAACAAACACAAAAUAUUCUCGUUUCAUAAACAAACAAAAUAAAAACUAAUUAAAUGAUUCAACAAAUCUCUCUCACAUACGGACUGUGAUUUAAUAUUAAUUAUAAAUUGUGAAAUAAUAAAAAUAAAUCUGAAAUAAAAGAUUAUAUCAAUAUGUCAACAAGGAAUGAGUAAUAAUACAAAAAGAAUUUAAUAAAAAUAUAUCAAAACUUUGUAGAAGUGGAGUUGAUUAUGUGUUGAUGAGUUGUGGUUUGUUGACAAACAAAUAAAAAUAAAUACAUACAUGUAUAAAAACUGCAUACAAUUUUGAAUUAACUUAAUUCUUAUACUAAUUUUAAUGAAAAUAAAACAGAAACUAAUACCAGUAAUAUUUUUAUAUUUUAAAAUUAAUGAAUUACAAUGCAAUUGCUUAAAUUCAAUUCAUAUUUUUAUCGUAAAAAGGUUCCUAACUCCUUAAUAAAUUCUAUAUCAAUAUAUAUUUUUAUUCGUACUUUGUUAUCUUAAAAUUUUAAUUUUGGCAAGACUUUUGUUAAAAAACAUUUUGUUUACUUUUUCUUUGAAUUCAACAUACUAAACAGAACUUUUAUUUUCAAAUAGUUUGACUUAAAAAUGUUUAAAAACUUAAAUUAGCUAAGCCGCAAAUUUUUCUUGUUGUUUUUCUUAUGCAUGGAUCCAGGGUUUCAGCUCGUAUAAAGCUCUGUUCAAAAUAUGCAAUAUCAAUGAACAGGACAUCGCAAAUGUUCAAUAUUAUAAUUUUCCAAUAUUUACGUAGAAGAAGGUACUUUCAUUUUAGUUCUAGCUAACCUUUACGAAUUUUUACUAAAAUGUGAACGAUUUAAAACCUUUUUAAACCAAAUUUUAAGGUAAGGCCAUUUUUACAUUAAGCAGCCUCUAAAAGCUUAUAAACAAGAUUAUUACAUAAAGAUAUCAAAUAAGAGGUUAAAUUUUGAUAUUUCUCAAAAAAAUAUCAAUGGAUGUUUAUUCCACUGGAAAGUUGGAGUAUGGCAUUAAAACCGAAAAACGACUACGUUUGCAGUCUAUCUAUGAUCAAUUCAGAAUUAGGGGCUAUAGGUCCUCGAUAACAAUAGGAAUUCCUUUUUUAAGUCCUUGAAUUGAUUUUGGAGCAAUGGCAGAGGCAUUAUCCUUCAUGUUAUUUUUAAGAUGUAAAAUCACGACAUUUUGGUAUAUUUCAGUAUGUUGUUGAAGCGUGUAUCAUUCUAUUUUUAUUAAAAGUCGGUGACCGCUUUAAGACUUUAAGAGCGUUAAGUUCACUCCAAUUUUCAGUCGUAAUUCUCAAGAAUUGGACUUCGCUCAGACCACAUUAUUGCGUAUUUUGCGUAAGGUUUUUUCCAGUAAAAUAUCAAGAUUAAUCAAGAAUUGAAGCGACAAACUGCGUUAUUUUUCCGAUUGGGCCAGUUGUCAUGUCCUUUGACAAAAAAAUAACAGAAACCUUGAUAACCCGAAAUUAAUUUUGAUUCUGGUUAACGUCUCUGUUUUCUAUUUUAUUAGCUACUAGCAGACCCGACAGACUUCGUCCUGUCAUAAAGUUUUGUAAUUUGGCAGUUUCUUGUUCCUACGUAUUUUAUAGUCGUGGAUAAAAUUUCUCCUGAACAGAACCGUCACAUUAGUCGGAAUCAUUGGGAUAAGCGAUAUGAGAACAUCUUCUCCUUUAUACUUGUUGUUUGUUUAGUAAUUUUUGUAUCGCUAACCGCGUAUCGUUGCAAACUCGCUUGGUUGGUUGAUAUUUCGCAACAUUUAACUAUUGAUCCAACCUUUAAUUGAAGAUU